CUGAAAUAGUCCAAACUAAAAACCCUAGACGGAACUCGUUGUCGCUGCUGUAUCUCACAAAUCACAAUCCGCCUUUAUCACUACGGGCUUGGUAGAGAGCAAAUAUGGUGUGGUUUCAGUGCGAAGACUGCGGAGACAACCUCAAGAAACCCAAGUUGCCGAAUCACUUCAGAACGUGUUCCGCUACCAAGCUGUCUUGCAUCGAUUGUGGACAAACCUUUGGGCAGGAAAGCGUACAAGGCCAUACUCAAUGUAUUACUGAAGCGGAAAAAUAUGGUCCAAAGGGGCAAGGGGCAGCCAUUAAUGUCACCACCCCGAAGUCCAACAAGGAUUCAAAACAGCAACCUGAUUUUGAUAUUCUCGUUGGAUUGUCCAAUCGCCCUCCUUGGUUCUGCAGUCUUUGCAAUACCAAGGCAACUAGUAAACAGACUUUGCUGCUUCAUGCAGAAGGAAAGAAGCACAAAGGAAAAGCCCGUGGGUUUCAUGCAGCGAAUAAACAAAAUCAGACGGAGGAGGAAGCUGUUUCGGAUAAAAUGCCUGCAGUUGAAGAAACUCCCAAAGAUGACGUAGUUGAAAAUGGACAUGUUGGAGCAGAAAAAUUGAAAGAUCAGCUUAAAGCUGAAAGUGAACUUGGACACUUGGAAUCAGAUAAUGGUACUUCACAUACAAAGAAAAAGAGGAAACUUGAUGAUGGUUCGACAGAAAAGACUAAAGACGAUGACCCAAAUAGAGGUAAUGGGGAGGUUAUUCAGGCUACCAAAGCCGAGAUUAAGCCAAUAAAGGAUGAGAUCACAGUGUCCAAAUCUCUGAAAGAAAAGAAGAUCAAGUGGAAGAAGCUGAUAACAUCAAUUUUGAAAUCUAGUCCUGACGGUGUUCUCAAGAUAUCAAAACUAAGAAAACUUACUCUCAAGUCUAUUCGCGAAUCCGGUGACACAGGAGAUGAAACUAAACUUGUUGAGAUGCUCGAGCAAAAGAUUAAUUCAAGUUCAAAAUUUGCCGUUGAGAAGAAAUAUGUUCGGCUAGCAGCUAAAGCUUGAACGAAACGCCAUUUCUGUAGCAUUGCAAAUCAAAUUCUGCUGCAUUUGCUUGCCCAUUUUUGUCUAGUGAUUUUUAGACGUUUAUUAUAAGUUUACUUCAUCAUUGGAGGAGAUGUAGAUGACUUGUUUUAUCAAUGAGUUAAUGAAAUAUUCAGUCAUUUUGGGAUCCAAUCUCCAACACU